UCUUCGGAGAGCUGGGGGAGGAGCGGACGCGAGAAUUCACGGGGGCGCAAAAAUCCACCUCACACCGGGAUUAUACGGCGGCGGGAGAGAGAAGAGAUGGAGAGCGGCGCGGAGCUGGCUCUCACCGAAAACAAAACAUCACUGAAUGGAAAGCGAAGACGUAAAUCGCCCCUGACCGCACUCAAAAAAUCUCAUGCAAAAUAUGUGACUGUUCCAGUCCUAUUCCUGGUCCCCUUGACUCUUAUAUUGUUGAUCAGUUUGCUGCUCAGUCUUCAUGUCAGAGGUUCUCCACGGGGAGCCUCUAACCCAAGGGAAUGUCAUAUCCCCGAGAUCGUCCUCCCUGACCCCUGUGAAGAUGACUGGAUCUGGUACAAAAAAAAAUGUUAUCACUUUUCUAAGGAUUGCGCCUCCAAGAACGCCACUCUUGCCGUCGUAGAGUCCAAACAUGAGAUGGAGUUCAUCAUUCGAUAUAAAGGCUCUUCUGAUCACUGGAUCGGGCUAAAGCGGGAGAAUGUUACACAACCGUGGAUUUGGACCAAUGGCUCCAUCUUUAACAAUACGUUCCUAAUUAUUGGCAUUUCGGAUUGUGUCCUGGUGAACAGUGGUCGUAUCUCCAGCGCUUCCUGUUACUCCGAUAAACACUGGAUCUGUAACAAGCCCGAUGCUUUCUCUCUAAAUCCUCAUUUUUAG